GUCUGCAGGUUGCCCGAAGACGAAGUGGGCUGAAGAGAGACAACGUAGUCAUAGUUAGUAGAAGUAGAGCGGCCAUAGCCGCUGUAAUGUUAGAGGUUAGUGAGCGUGUACAAGGACCACUUCUUAAAGUGCAAGUGUGGUUUAGAGCGUGUGACCCGCUCGUUGGACGCGGAGGAGAGGGUGAGGAGGAUGGAGGGUAUUCGAAUGGGGACGAUGCAGGCGGAAUCCCUUGUCGGAGGGAGGGAAGUGCGGGUGCUGGUCCGAGCAGUGCUCCCUCUCGGAGCAGCUUGGUCGCCCAAUCCCCGACGGCGAGCAGGCCCCCUGUUCCAGCUGUUGGGGAGUCAACGACACCGACGACAUCCAGGAACGCUGCACCCUUGGUCGGACGGCCGACGAGGCAAACGCUGAUCGAGGAGGCGGACAACAUCAUCACCCGGAAUGAGCAGACCAGCAGACACCUGGAUUGUUUCCUGAUUUGCACAAAUCAACCGUUCAGCUUGAUUGAGAACCACUACUUCCUUCAACUCAUCGACGCAGUUAAGAAGAGCCAUCCUAGUUGGUGGUCGUGCAAGAGGGACGAGAUGAGGACGAAGCGGUUGGACGGGCAGCACAAAAUUGUUGGGGAUGAGAUGAAGAGUCUUGUGAGGAGGUGGGAGAGGACGGGCUGCACGCUGCAAAUGGACGGGUGGUCGGACAGGAGGAACAAACCACAUCUCAACGUGAUGGUUUCCUCCCCGAUUGGCACAGUGUUUUGGAAGUCCGUUUGCAUGGAAGGCAAGGACAAGGAUUCAGCGGCUUACUUCAAGCUGCUGGAAGGAGUCAUUGAGGAGGUCGGUCCGCGGUCCAUCGUUGGCGUCGUGAUGGAUAAUGCGAGGGUCUGUGCGAAGGCCGAGAAGAUGGUGGAGGCGAAGUACCCCGGGAUCUUCAGUGUGGGCUGCAAGGCCCAUGCGUUGGACUUGGCAUUAGAAGACAUGUACAAACGGUUGGACUGGAUCAAGGAAGUCGUCGACAAGGGGAACCGAGUGGGCAAGUUUGUGACGAACAUCGACAAGGUUCGCGCAAUGUUCAACAGAAUCGCGAACGCCCAACUCAAACGCCCAGCCGUCACGAGGUUCGCAACGAACUUCGAAAUGCUGGAGUCGCUGAAGAGAGGGAGGACUCCACUUGAGUUGUGCGUCGGGAACGUGGCGUGGGUUGACAAGUUGGUGAGGCCCGAUCAGGUGGUUGCAUUCAACGCUGUCACGCGCAUCAUUGUGGACAGCGAAGGGUUUUGGGACGAGGUCGACAAAGCAAUUGCUGUCAUGGAGCCCGUGGUCAAGCUGUUGCGUUUGGUGGACGGUCCCGGAGCGACUGUCGGCAAAGUGUACUUCGGCAUGGACGAGAUCGUGGCACGAAUGCGGGUCCUCGACUGUCUGACGCAGGACGAAAAAGUAGUGGUGGAGAACAUUCUCAUGGACCGGUGGGCAUUCAUGACAUCCGAGUUGCAUUGCGCUGCAGCGUUUCUCGAUCCUGAGUACCGGUCGCAGACAUUGCGGGACACGGAGAUCCGCGAAGGGUUCAACAUUUGGCUUUAUUCGUGGGCGCCAACGGAGUUGCUGAGGGAAAUCAGCAAGCAAGUCGACACUUGGGUCUGCGGGGAAGGCACACUCGGGACACUGAACGCGAAGGAGCAGGCCAAAGUGCAAACACCAGCACUCUGGUGGGAGGCGUUCGGGGGAUCAUUGGACCUCCUCCAACCGCAGGCCAUCAAGCUUCUCGGCCAGGUGAGCUCUUCGGCCGCGUGCGAGCGCACCUGGAGUUUGCACCAGCUCAUCUACGGACAGCGGCGCACCAAACUCCUGCCCGAGAGACUGGCGAAGCUGGUUUACAGCAAUUGGAACAUCCAAUUGACCACUCAGAGGGGGCGAGGAGAGACGGAGGACAACCACAUUCCUUGGAAGGACAACAAGCUUGCGAAGAUGGAGGUUGAGGAGUGGUACGAAGACAGGACCAGGCAAGUCAUUGAGGGGAGAGCCGCUGAUGCAACCGCGGCAGAGGUUGCAGAUGAUGAUGAUGGAGAUGGCCCUUUGGUGCGCACGUGGCAAAAGAAUGAUGAGGAGGACGACCUCGAGGAGGACGACAUCGCCCUACUCGGCUCAGUGCAACGCACUUGGCAUGCGAACACGAAGUCAGGGAAGCAUAGAGUGCGUGAGCUGCGCAGGAAGUCGGGCCUCCAAGAGCCCGAACCUUCAUUCCUUUACACGCUGAAGGGCCGUGACCGUGCCAUGAGCGCACGACAAGCAGGUGAUUGGGUGCACGGGAGGGAGGAGGCGUCAGGGCGUCGGCAACGGAAACGAAAGGCAGCAACACCCGAGCCCGAUGAAGCACGGCCAACGCGCAAGGGGAAGAGUAAGGAGGGAGGUGAUGAAGUCGCACCGCCGAAAAGGAAGAGGGGGCGGCCUCCUCUUUCACCGGCAAAGAAGGCUGCAGCCAAGGCUGCGAAGAAGGCCGCAGAAGACGAAGCGGCUGCAGCCAAGGCUGCAAAAGCAUCCAGUGCUGCAGAGGCAAGGCCGAAGAGGAAGGGCAUGGAGGACGACGAUGACAAUCUGUGUGGCCAGGCCGAAGUGCAGUCUUCUGAAUCGACGUCAUCGUCGUCCGAAGAAAGCGGCAAGAGUCGGGGGAGGAGGCAGAGUAGGGCGGCAAUUAGUACAAUCAAAGUACUGUUCACGUUGUUGCGUGUUUUUCAAAGGCCGGACUUUUAACCAUGUCAAGUGUCCCCCGUGUUCGGCGCAUUUUCUAAAUUUUGAUGAAGGUUUCCGAAAUUUUGAGUCUUUCUUACUCUUUUUGAAGAUUUUCAGUUUGUGUGUUCUUUGGAAUUCGGUUCAUAACUUUUGUAUUCUUUGGAAACUGUUGUAUGAUUGUAUCUCCUGUUUUUGCCAUUGGUGAUUGCUGUGUGUGUGGAAACUGUGGACAUGCUCUCCUUUGCUGUGAUCUAAGUGCCGUGUCU